AUGCCCAAAAAGGGGACCAACAAUGAGGCAAUGAAAGCCCAAACUGCGGCUCGAAGGGAAACACAAGCUGCGGCUGGACAGCCACAUUGGUACACCCACAAUACUUUGUUAACCAAAGAGCAAAACAAGAUUUCCCAGGCCACUGUCCAAAAGCAACUCAGGGAGUCACCGGGCCCCAACCAGGCCACGAAAUCAGGAUAUCCUCACGAAUACUACAACGAAGACAAUGGUCCAAAUCGCCAGCCAUUGUUUCGUGUCCGCACAAAUAGUUCAACUACAUCGUUUCGCGAGUACCCUGUCAUGUCGACAGGGAAGACCUAUGACUAUCAUAAUAAGCCAAAGGCCAAUCCAGGUCCCUUUCGCGCGAUCACAAACCAGAAUAAGACUUUCAAAGGAGUCAUAGCGCAUGAUGGCGAUGACGGAAAAAUCAACUCUGGUGGUUUUCAUCGUGCGACGGAGCAUCGAAAGUGA